UCUUGCUGCGCUCCAGUCCCCCGUGGGAUAGCCGCUCCUCAACACUAAGCAGGCGCCGCUAACCAGAAGCCAACACGAGCACCGAUCUAUACGGGCGGAGCCGAACGAUGCAGUGGUGUGGCUGUCAUGUGACCUGCUCCGUGAGUAGGUGGGGCUUCCGUUAGAGGAAGCGACGGCUGGAAGAGGAGAGGGCGGGGCGGCCGAUGUUGCUGUAUGCGAGGCAGGUGAUGAUCUGUGGAGCGGAGUAGACCGAUAGAAGCUCGGAGGAAGUGGGCUGGGAAACUCACACCCUACGGGACUGGCCAUGAAGUGAGGGGGCCCAGCUCAUUCCUGACACGGAGGAGCGUCAUGGGGGCCAAGGAGUCCCGGAUCGGGUUCCUCACCUAUGAUGAAGCUGUUAAACGAGUGACUGAUGUGGAAUUGAAAAGGCUGAAAGAUGCUUUCAAACGGACAUGUGGAGGUCCUUCUUAUUACAUGAGUCAGCAAUGCUUCAUCAGGGAAGUUCUAGGAGAUGGAGUUCCUCCAAAAGUUGCAGAGGUCAUCUACUGCUCAUUUGGUGGAACCUCAAAAGGAUUACACUUCAACAACUUGAUAGUGGGCCUUGUUCUUCUCACCAGAGGUCGGGAUGAAGAGAAGGCUAAAUACAUUUUUAGCCUGUUUUCAAAUGAGUCCGGUAGCUAUGUUUUACGGGAGGAUAUGGAGAGCAUGCUUAGUGUUGUGGAUGGAGAAGUCCCAAUUGCCCUUAAGAACUGUUUUGCUGAGGGUGAAAAGGUGAACUAUGAAAAAUUUAGAAAUUGGCUUCUACAAAAUAAAGAUGCUUUCACGUUUUCUCGGUGGUUACUAUCUGGGGGAGUAUUCGUUACACUUACCGAUGACAGUGACACUCCAACUUUCUAUCAAACUUUGGCCGGAGUCACACACUUGGAAGAAUCGGAUAUCAUUGAUCUGGAGAAAAGAUAUUGGCUAUUGAAGGCUCAGUCACGGACUGGAAGAUUUGAUCUGGAAACAUUUGUUCCCUUGAUAUCGCCUCCAAUUCACCAGUCUUUGAGUGAAGGAUUAUUUAAUGCAUUUGAUGAGAACCGUGACAACCACAUAGACUUCAAGGAAAUUUCUUGUGGGCUGUCUGCUUGCUGCCGGGGACCCUUAGCAGAGAGACAAAAAUUUUGUUUUAAGGUAUUUGAUGUUGAUCGUGAUGGUGUUCUGUCUCGCACUGAACUGGAAGACAUGGUUCUUGCACUACUAGAGGUGUGGAAGGACAACCGCAUUGAUGCUGUACCUGAAUUAAACUUGAAUCUUUCAGAUAUCAUAGACCAUAUAUUAAAAACACAUGACACAACAAAGAGUGGACAUCUUACACUGGAAGACUACCAGAUUUGGAGUGUUAAAAGUGCACUUGCCAAUGAGUUUUUAAACUUGCUCUUUCAGGUUUGCCACAUAGUUUUGGGAUUAAGGCCGGCUACUCCAGAAGAAGAAGGACAGAUCAUCAGGGGAUGGUUGGAACGGGAGAGCCGGCACGGCCUCCAAUUUGGACAUAACUGGUUUCUUAUCUCUGUACAGUGGUGGCAACAGUGGAGGGAAUAUGUUAAAUAUGAUUCCAAACCUGUUGUUAUUGAACCUUCUCCGUCAUUAAGUGGCAGCCACCACUCACUGGGGACCUCAUCAUUGGAUCAAAGGGAAGAUGACCGGACAGGGACUAAUGUACAUGGCACUACAGAAGACAAAUCUUCCGAUAACAUAUCUAGUGCUUCCGAAGCUUCGGAGUCAACUAACAGCACUUUGUUUUAUUCAAGCUCGACGGGUGCAGACAUGUGCUUUGCACGUCAACAUAACACUUCAGAUAACAAUAAUCAGGGUAUGAUUGGUGCCAAUGGCUGUUUAUUAUCGCAGCUUAACCCACAGAAGCCAGGUGCAAUUGACAACCAACCUUUAGUAAUGCAGGAGAAUGUAAAGGUCCCUUCUUUGACGCUGGAAGGUGGGAGAUUGAAGCAGAAUCCUUCUCUACUCCGUGGAAAGGAUUAUGAAAUUGUACCAGAACCAGUGUGGAGAGCACUUUAUCAUUGGUAUGGCGCAAACCUGUCAUUACCUCGACCAGUAAUCCGAAACAGUAAAACUAACCUCCCAGAACUGGAGCUCUUUCCACGUUAUUUGCUUUUCUUGAGACAGCAGCCUGUGACCCGCCAACAACAGUCUAACAUCUGGGUGAAUAUGGGUAUGAUGAGCCUAAGAAUGUUUCCUCAGCAUUUACCCAGAGGAAAUGUGCCAUCCCCCAAUGCUCCUCUGAAGAGAGUCCUGGCAUAUACUGGUUGCUUUAGCAGAAUGCAGACCAUAAAAGAAAUCCAUGAGUAUCUUUCCCAACGACUGCGCAUCAAAGAAGAAGACAUGCGAUUGUGGUUGUAUAAUAGUGAGAACUACCUCACUCUCUUGGACGAUGAAGACCAUAGACUAGAAUAUCUUAAAAUUCAGGAUGAGCAGCACUUGGUAAUAGAAGUUCGCAACAAAGACAUGAGCUGGCCAGAAGAAAUGUCAUUUAUUGCAAAUAGCAGUAAAAUAGAUAGGCAUAAAGUCCCUACUGAAAAGGGAGCAACAGGCCUCAGCAACCUUGGAAAUACAUGCUUUAUGAACUCCAGUAUCCAAUGUGUCAGUAACACUCAGCCUCUAACAAAAUACUUCAUCUCAGGGAGACAUCUGUAUGAGCUAAACAGAACAAACCCCAUAGGAAUGAAAGGACAUAUGGCUAAGUGUUAUGGUGAUUUGGUUCAAGAGCUGUGGAGCGGAACUCAGAAGAAUGUGGCUCCCCUUAAAUUAAGGUGGACAAUAGCAAAAUAUGCCCCACGGUUCAAUGGCUUCCAGCAGCAAGACUCCCAAGAGUUACUUGCUUUUCUUUUGGAUGGUCUUCACGAGGAUCUUAAUAGAGUCCACGAUAAGCCAUAUGUUGAGCUUAAGGACAGCGAUGGCCGACCAGACUGGGAAGUUGCUGCAGAGGCUUGGGACAAUCACUUGAGAAGAAACCGGUCCAUAGUGGUUGACUUGUUUCAUGGACAGCUAAGAUCUCAAGUCAAAUGCAAGACCUGUGGACAUGUGAGUGUCCGAUUUGAUCCGUUCAACUUCCUUUCAUUGCCCCUUCCUAUGGACAGCUACAUGCAUCUUGAGAUCACAGUAAUUAAAUUAGAUGGCACCACUCCUAUUCGGUACGGGUUAAGGCUCAACAUGGAUGAAAAGUACACGGGCCUGAAGAAACAGCUUAGUGAACUCUGUAGCUUGAAACCAGAACAGAUUCUUUUGGCCGAAGUACAUGGCUCCAAUAUUAAGAACUUUCCUCAGGAUAACCAAAAAGUUCGACUGUCAGUGAGUGGUUUUCUAUGUGCUUUUGAAAUUCCAAUCCCUGGUUCCCCUACAUCAGCCACUACCCCAAGUGAGCCAGAUACCAGCACAGUGCCAUCAUCAAAUGGACCUCAAAGUCUCAUUGCAAAUGGAGUGCUAAAUCGACCACCAAUAAUCCCAAAUGGAAUGCCAAAUACUGUAGUGCCAUGUGGAACAGAGAAAACUGUUGUUGGAAAUGGAGUACUCAACGGUCAUGUCUCAGUCCAACCUGAGGGUGCAUUCAUAGGCUAUAUUAUUGCAAUUCACAGAAAAAUGAUGAGAACAGAGCUUUAUUUCCUGUCAUCUCAAAAAAAUCGCCCCAGCCUCUUUGGAAUGCCAUUGAUUGUUCCUUGCACUGUCCAUACUCGCAAGAAAGAUCUGUAUGACGCGGUGUGGAUUCAGGUCUCCAGACUUGCAAGUCCUCUUCCGCCACAGGAAGCAAGCAAUCAUGCACAAGACUGUGAUGACAGCAUGGGAUACCAAUAUCCUUUUACACUACGAGUGGUGCAGAAGGACGGUAAUUCGUGUGCUCAGUGCCCUUGGUAUAGGUUUUGCAGGGGAUGUAAGAUUGAUUGUGCAGAAGACCGGGCAUAUAUUGGCAAUGCUUACAUUGCUGUGGACUGGGAUCCCACAGCCCUACAUCUACGUUACCAGACAUCUCAGGAAAGGAUCGUGGAAGAGCAUGAAAGUGUGGAACAGAGUCGUAGAGCACAAGCAGAGCCUAUUAAUUUGGAUAGCUGCCUUCGGGCUUUCACUAGUGAAGAGGAGCUGGGAGAAGAUGAAAUGUAUUUUUGUUCCAAAUGCAAAACCCAUUGUGUGGCCACAAAGAAACUUGACCUCUGGAGGCUCCCGCCAAUUCUGAUUAUCCACUUGAAGCGUUUCCAGUUUGUUAAUGGCCGCUGGAUAAAGUCUCAAAAAAUUGUUAAAUUUCCAAGAGAGAAAUUUGAUCCAAGUGCUUUUUUGGUACCUCAAGGACCAGCACAGUACGAGAAAAAGAGAGCCAAACUUCAGGUUGAUGACCAGGCUGAGCCACGCUUGACCCAGGGUGACCAGAAGAAAAUGGAGAUGAUAAACUUUGUUGCUGGAGAUGUAGAUACAGUCAGCAAAGUACAACCAGUCAUCAGUUCUUCUAUAGCGAAUAGUAGUAAAGCAUCUCCAUCCCAAAAAAGGAAAGUGUCUUCAAAUUCCUCAAGUAAAAAUAACAGUCCCAACCAUAGUCCUAGAUCCCUUGGAAGAGGUAAAGGCCGUUUACGUUUACCUCAGCUUGGAGGCAAGAAACUUUCAAGCAGCAAAGAGAAUUUGGAUCAAAGCAAAGAAAAUGGCACAGAUAGUGAGUCAAGAGAGACUGUGGAUCAGGUAGACUCAAAUAAAGGGCAUGUUUUAAGUGGAAGUCAAACUGAAUUGGCCAUCAGUCAGGACUGUGAGAUGGCUUUAACCAAUGGGCUGAUAUAUGAGCAGAAUACAUGCAGCAAUGGUCAGCUUGAUAACCACUUGGCUGCAGAGGAGGACAUCACUGAUGACCAAAGAGAAGACAUCUGCUGUCAGCCUAUCUAUAAUCUUUAUGCAAUUUCGUGCCAUUCAGGAAUAAUGGGUGGAGGUCAUUAUGUUACUUAUGCCAAAAAUCCAAAUGGAAAAUGGUACUGCUACAAUGACAGCAGUUGUAAGGAACUACAUCCUGACGAAAUCGACACAGACUCGGCCUAUAUUCUUUUCUAUGAACAGCAAGGGGUGGACUAUGCACAAUUCCUGCCAAAGAUUGAUGGGAAAAAGAUGGCAGACACUAGCAGCAUGGAUGAAGACUUUGAAUCAGACUAUAAAAAAUAUUGUGUGCUUCAGUAGCAUGGCUGUGCUUCCAGUUUGUUCAGCUCAUACAUUGGAGGAAGAUUAGAAAAUGGAUGGUGAAUCUUUUUUUUUUAAAAGUCAUUAAUCAAUCUAAACAUACUAGUGUUGAGGUCACCAAUGCAUGUAGGGCCAUUCAACAAAACUAGACAAUAGGGUAACAUGACAUUGCUGUUUUAAAUUAUACUAAGUUGGUUUUAUGUUUAUUUUAAAUAUUUUUUUCCCUUUUUACUUUUUUGAAAAGAGUGCAUAAGGGCAACAUAAUUAUCAUACAAUUUUCCUAAGCCACAAGGAUAUUUUUAGUAAAGGGUUGGAAACUGUGUGAUAUAAAGAGUAUUGUACAAUGUCUCCAUCUAUAUAUUAGGACAAUUUGGAAUUCAUGUAAUAGUGAAAUGAUGUGCAAUACCUCUUAAUAACUAAUCAGAGUUCAACCCCUAGCUGCUUUAUGUAGCCAAAGCAAUUAAUGUUUUUUAAUUGCUUGCUAUGCGUAGAUGGCACAUACAUACUCCUUACCCUGAUAUUAAGGUAAUUCCAUCAUUAGAAAUACAGUGGCGGUCAUUCUUCUAAAACUGUUUGGUUUGUUAUGCUGUCCCGCUGUUUUAAAUGCUUUGAGUCACUUACACGAAACAAGUAUUUAAAUUCACAAAAUAAUGUUUGUUCAGGUUGUUGACUCAAAUUAUUGAACAAGCGAGUCAGCAUGAUGGCUUACAAACUGGUAUUUUUAGAAGAAGCUUUAAAAAUGGCAGCUCAUUUGUUUCUCCCUGGACAUGUUUCCCUAUAAAUGUAGUUUUGUAUGUUCUUUCUAUCUGGGAACUAUCAUGGCAUGCAAGCAAAAUGUAUUUCACAAUUUUCCUUGGGAAAAACUCAGAGGUGUGUACUUGGGAACUAGAUCUUCAGGGAUUUUGUGGUCUUUGCUUUUAUGUCUGUGGACUAUUUGCAGAUUGUAAAAUGGCAAAUGCACUACCAAUAGUGCACAUGUUCUAGUAAAAGUAAGCAUUGCACUUUAUUAUCAAAUUUUUUUUAGGAUGCAGGCAUACAUUUUGAGUUGCGUUUUUUUAAACGCUUUUUUUUUUUUUUUAUAUAUAUAUAUAUAUAUGAAGUACACACUCAACUUGAAUAGUAAUAGAAAUUAAAGUUAAUCCAUUCUUAAAACAAAAAGCAAACAGUUGGAAAAACCUAGGAAAUGGCACUAUACACAAGGACAACAGACUGUCAUACAUGUUCUUUCACAUUUAGUGCUUGCUUUAUUUGUAUGUUACUCAACCUAAGCACAAAUAAUGAAAUAUUUGAAUUGAAUAGAGUUUUUUUUUUUUUACACCUUUAUAUCAAACAUUAUUUAUCUUUUGUUAAAAAUAGAUGCAAACAAAUUAGAAAUAUUUGAUGGAUUACUUGGUUAAAUCAUAAUUCUAUUUAUACUGAAAUUCCAAAUCUUCUUUCAAUCCCACCAUUCAGUAACACAGAGGGUCCCCACCCCCAAAAGAUAUUUUUCUGUUUAUGCUGUCCUCUAGACUAAAGACCAUGUUUUGUGUUUUAUAAUUGUGUUAUUGUACCAAUUAUUUACGUGAAUGAAGGAGCAAAAAAUUGCAGCUCCAAGUAAAUAUGGCAGAGUGAAACCCCUCGAUUUUAAUGUUAUGAGAAAUCACAAGCAUACACAGUUUUUCACCUUUAAUUGGAAAUCCUGAUUCAUUUGUGAAAAAAACUAAAAGUUUCCAUGUGCUGGACUUCAUGAAUUGGCUUCCUGGCCAAAGACAGACUGGUGCUCUUCAAACACCAUCUUUGUGUGCAACAAAAACCUAACAAUAAUCUACUUGUUUGCUGGUGCCAUUGAAUGUCUCCUGUUUAGUGCCACACUGCAGAAUAUAAUAAUAUUAACAAACUUUCCUGUACAUCUUGGUUCCGUUUCCCCAAAUUCCUUCUCAGUAUCGUGAACAAAACUCUUCUUGCACUACUUGUACGUCUUUUUUUUUUUUUUUAUUGGAACGCUCAUUUUGCAGUGACUAUCCUGAACCAUGCCAUCCUAUAGAAAACUAACAAUAUUUGAGGUCUGUUUAUCCAAUGUCCUACAAAAUGUACUGCAGAUAGAACAGAGGUACAUAUUCACGUACAGAUACUUGAUGAUUUCAUUUUCCACACAACUUGGCCUUAAAGAAACUGCAAUCUUUAAAUAUUUGCAGCUGUUCUUUUAACACUCAAGCUACAUAAGGGAAAUGUGAUGUGCUUCCUGAUAAUUUUUUAGAGUAUGUUAAUGACUCCUCUGACAGUGUAGAUGUCAAACGUGUGAUCCUGAAAGUCUUGAAUUUGGACUUUAGGCAUUUGGACAGUGUCCUAGUUUUAUUUUCUUCCACAACUCCCUAUGCAGUUUACAUGAUUAGCAUGCACAAAUGCACCCUUAAUAUUCUGAUUAUCUUUUUAAUGUCACCCCAUGCAUGAUAAAAAAAAAACCUUAUAACUGACACUGUAAGGCUGAAGGUGGCCAGCUUUAGUGUUUCUCAGGGACAUUUUCAAUGUGCCCUGCAAGUGAAAAAACAAAUCUAAUUUAUUUAAAGGGAUUUUUAUCUCAUGUUGUUAAUCUUUACUAUUCUCAAACUACUUCAUGAACCUACUCCUUGUGAUUAUGUUGUAUUCUUCAAAUGUGGCAGAAAAUGACAGUGCAGAUGCAGAACAUAGCAGCUAAUUACAGCUGUUAUUUUUGUAGAGCACUAAAAAAGUACAGUGUAUAAAUGUUAACAAUUGGAAACCUGCUCAUACCUUGCUUUAAAGUGAAAUUGUACAGACUAUACACUUUUAAAGUACAAGUAUAGUUUAAUAUAUUCUAAACAAGCAGUAAAUCCAAGUCUUUAUUUACUUGUGUAGCUAUAUGCAUUGAGGAGAAAUUAAUCUUCAAAGUUGACAACAGGGACAUUGAAACCCCAGCUAUUUUCUGUGGAGAGCAGAAUUUUGUCAACUUGCCGCCCUUUAGAUGUAAACACACAGCAGUUUUGUUAAUCUGUUAGAAACCAACUAAAGCCCACUUUGAAGUAUUUUUUAUAAUUUUUGAGGAAUUUAAGAAUUGCUUCACAGUACAAGCAGCUCAAGGUCAGGGAUGGUCCAUUCUAAUGAUGCUUGUUAAGAAUAUGUAAAUAAUAUAAUGUCUGAACACAAAUGUGCUUUAAAACAAGCUUCUGGAUCUUUCACCUCUGUUUGAUUCACUCGUUAAACCAAUUCUUGUUUGCUGGGUGAUAGGAGAAAGUAGUGAUAGGUGAAAAUAGUUACAAAGGGAAACAUAUCAUAACAUAUCAUAACAUCUGUUACCUGUCAGGAGCUUCUCUUGCUAGAGUCCUAUAUUUGCUGUUUUCCAGUGUAUUUGGGGGCAGAUCUUUCCCUGAUAGUGAUAUCUGAGAAGUUUCAGCUACUUCUAGGAGUUGUGCAAUGUAGCCUCCAGAACUGGAUGGGAGUGACAAGUAACGUUCCUCCUGAUAGCUUUUUCUUAAACACUGUUUAAUAUAUUUAGCUUCAUAAUCUUUCAGAUGUAUGUUUGCAUUAAAGAUUGAAAGUUCCAAGCUUAGUAAAAAAUUAAAUGAAGCUUCUAUAUUUUAAAUUGUCAGAUCACCCCUUCAAGUAGUAUGUUUUUCACAUUUUUUAAUUGUCAAAUAACUUUUUACUACUCUAGUUCUUUGCAUCCACGUGAACCUUUAUUGCAGUUGUCACAAUAGUAUCCAAAGUAAUUUUUUAAGGGGUUUUCUUUAAUCAAAUCAUUAUCAUUUAUUUAUUUAUUUUUCAUUUAAGAACCUUCCUAAUUGACCUAUUGCUCGUUCCAGCCAUUCAUGCUUUUUGCCAUUCAUGCUUUCUAGCCAUGUCUUCAUAUGAGAAAGUGUCAAAGCCCUCACUAAAACUUGUUUCUUAUUGCCAUUGCUGUGCUUUCACAAAGUGCAGAUUGGAGUGAUUGUGCCACGGGAGGCCUCUAUUAUAAGAGGUAAUUUUGUGUCUUCACUGUACAUUUACCAACCAACUGCUUCGGGGGGGGAGGGAGGGGGGGGGUUUGUUUCCAGAAAUUAUGAAGAUUCUCUAUUUGUGAUUCCUUCAUGCAGUAACGUGAAGGUAUACACCUGUACCAUAGCACCUUGUUAAAGGUUUUACCUGCAGUGGCAUGGCACAACCAUACAAUGCACAAGUUCUGUAAAUGAUCGGCUGUUAUGGAAAGUUCAGACCAGAGCACUAAGCAGCCAAAUGUUCUGUGCUAGGCGGGAACCCUGCUGUAUUACUACACAGUGUUAGUCAUAUGCAGAUCAGUGCCAUUUAUUCCUUGUAAAAUUACUAGGUAAUUCUCCUCUUAAAUUUGUGUUGUUAAAUACAGUUCACUCCAUCUCUACAUUAUUAUAAAUAUAUUUAUAUAUUCUUUGCUCCCUUUUUUUAAGUAAAAAUUUAAGUUUCCACACUACUGCAGGGUAUUGAUAGUUGUAUGCUGUGUCUACUUCGUAUUACGGUUUUUCGCUUCUCCUAUGUAUUACAAGAUUAGCAUACCCUACCUACGAUAGAGUAUAUAGGGUUUUAAAUUGUGUAAUCAAAUUUCUGAUACUCACACAGGCAACACCUAAUUCUGCUGCCAGAUUGUAGGCCCAUGAUGAGGUAUGGUCAAUAACAGUGCGUGGUUCUCCCCAUCUUCACUUCAGUGAGCUGCACGCUUGUUUCGCUGUGAAAUAAGAAAAAUAUUUGUUCCUUUGAUAAACCUGCGUAAAACCUACUCGGUUACUGGUGAAAAUAAAUAUUUAUUGUAAAAUUGUAGAGGUCAUGUAUAACCCAAUAUAUUACAAUAAUGUAAUGUGAACAGCAGCAGUGGUAGCCAAUUGGGCAAUCCAGUUUUAAGAAUUUAGGAUAAAAAACGUAAGGAAUAGUCAUAAACCGACAAAUGUCUACUCAACACAGGUGCAAAGAUAUGUAGUUAGCCUUGAUCACACUGUCGCACACCACCUUCCAUAACUUGCCUAACCAAUUAGAACAGCAUACCUAUUUCUCUACUUCCAUCCUUCUUGCUGGAAAGUCUUCUCGUUUAGGAUGUACCCAUAACGUGUCCAAUUUUCACCAACUGGUUAAACCAUAUGUUGAACUGAAGGAGGAAUAGGCCUCUGGCUGCUUUGGAUUACUCCAUUUCCCUUUAAGUGCUUCCACAGUCUUUAGAGCCCUUUUGUUACCUUUUGUUAGUACAAUUGAUAAUGUUUUUUUAAUUCAGUUUUGUAACUAACGUGUGCAUUUGUUUUGUAAAACAUGGAGUUCUGUAGGCAGGAGUCUGUCAAUAACUUUUCCAGGAAACAUUUUUUCCGUGUGAAGGAUUAACGGUCAAAAGUGUCGGCCUCAUAAUGCCCAUUUUCUCUCUUCUUACCAAGUGAUCCUGCUUGUGUCUGUCAAAUUCAUUAUCCAUUACUAGCAUUUGCCAGUACUCAAACACACCAUAAUGUGUUUCUUUAAAAUUUAUUGGUUCAAAAUGUGAAUAAAUGACAGUAUAUCAAUUACUUAUGAACAAACCACAGUGGGGAAAAUGUGGCUGUUCUUGAAAUAAAGACUUAAUCAUAUUUAUGUUGGUAGCACAUUUUAUGUAUUUUUUUUUUUUUUUUUAAAUCGUAUUUGUUUUAUAUUUGGUUGUAAUUAUUUUUUUAAAUUAUACAAGCUCAGAUUAGCAGGACAUUUAUUAAAUUAACUGUAAACGAUGUUCACUUUGUAAAUUCUUGUAUAAAAAUAUUGACAAUGCACUGACUUUAGAAAGAUUUAUAUGUACAUACGCUCUCUGUAAAUAAUAUAGUGUUGAUGUUAUUGAAAUAUGAAAUGUAUAAAAAAAGUAUUGGUAAUUGUACAUGGAGUGAACCCUGUUUAUCUGUAACUAUUAUUCCAACAAAUUAAAAGCUGUGGAUGCAGAGGUUAUUUUCUGGA